GCGCAGAUCAGCCCGGGUUAUUGUAUGUAAUCUUUGAUUCACUAACAAUAGCUCACCAUUUUUGGACACCAUUUUUAGGUUAACUCCAAUACAGCUCAAGUUUUACCCGAAAAUUUCCUGGCUACGUCCUUUCACUUUUCAACCAAAUGUAGUCGGAUUUAAACCUGAACACCAAGUUUUACGGAUUUAACACCGACUUUUCAACACAAAAACGUUCACUGGGAUAAUUUACUGUGGAUUUUACGAAGGCUGCAGUGAAAUAAUAAUAGAAAUCAGUCACAGAAAUGGAAGGAAAUCAAAGGUCUGGCAGUUUGGAGCGUGGCUGCGGCUGAACAGCGGUUGUCAGUGAAGAUUCCUAACCAGAUGUCCGCUCCGGUCGGGUCUUGCAUCGUCGUUCCUUGCUCCUUCACUCCCCCGACCGCUAACGAGGCCGUUGAAGUCAAUUGGUACCAGUACGUCAGUAGUGGCUACCCGCUGGUAUACAGCGAAUCCAAACCGGGGGACGUCAUAGAUAAGUUUAGUGACAGCACGGAGUUAAUUGGCAGAGCGGAAAAGGGGAACUGCAGUCUCAAAAUCAACCCGACACGAGAAGCACAUAACGCUGAGAAGAUCUAUGUGUGGAUUAAGCCAAAUCAAUUGGACGGCAAAUUAUAUGAUCAGACGGUGAAAUUAGAGGUUACAGAGAACGCCACUCAGCCGGAGAUAAGGGUGCUGAGCAGUGAUCUGACAGAGGGGGAUGUGGUGAGACUGUCCUGUGAUGUCAUCCACACCUGCCCCCCUUCCCCCCCUUCCGUCUCCUUCCGCAACCACACGGGGGCGCUCCGUUGGAGCCACAAUGAGGAAGAGGAGGGGCGUUGGCGCAUCUCCGUGGAGACGUCCUGGAAAGUGAACUCGGUGGAUCAUGGGAGGGGCGUGGUGUGUGAUGUCACACAUCCUGGGGGCCGGACAGCCAGCAGAGAGAUUGUGCUCCGUGUCACCUAUCCCCCGAAAUCUGUGAGUGUCCAUGGAUCCUCGAACGCACUUCCACCUGGUGGAAGCGUGUCCCUGUCCUGCAGCAGUCAGGCCAACCCCCCUGCGACCUCCUUCCAGUGGUACUUUAUGGAUCAAGGCCAGCCCAAGCUAUUGGAGGUCAGCUCUAAGAACAUAAGAGUUAUGCAACUGCGAAACCGCGACCAGAAACUGUACCGCUGCAAAGCCAGCAACAGCGUGGGGAGUGGCAGCUCGCCUGACUUUGAAGUCAUCAAAGAGUACCAGCCCUCCAUAUCCAAGGCCUCGGGGUGCUCCUUCUAUGCUGGGGCUGUGAGCUGCUGGUGUGAGGCUACGGCCAGGCCCUCGGCCUCCCUGCAGUGGAGGGUGGACGGGGUGACCCAGGAGGCCAGCCCCGCCCGGCCCAGCACCACCAGCGUGCACACGGUGAGGGGAGAGUGGGCCGGCAAAGCCGCCACCGAGCAGGUGAGCGUCACCUGCGUCUCCAGCAACCGGCACGGCCAGAAGGAGCGCCUCCUCAGGGUGUAUGUGAAAGCGCCUCUCUCUAAUGUGAUGGUGACCCAGCACCCGUCCCGCCCCCGUGAGGGAGAGGGGGUGACCCUGUCCUGCACUGGACAGGGCUACCCACCGGCGUCGGGAUACCGCUGGUACCUGGGGCGGGACGGGCAGGAGAUCGGGCUGGAGGAGGAGUCCAGCGAGCUGUCGGUCCGUCCCGUGGCCAGAGACUCCGGACCCUAUCGAUGCACCGCCCGGAACCAGAUGGGCGAGUCCAGCUCCCCCGUCACGUCGGUCAACGUGGAGUAUGCCCCUCUUAUUCUCCGGAACUCCAGUUGCACCCUGGGUAACGGGCAGUGGAGGUGUGAGUGCAUUGUGGACUCCAGCCCCCCAGCGAAGGUCACCUGGUCCUCCGUGGGCUCCUCCACUAAUGAGAGCGGCAACACGUUGUCCACGCUCAGUGGGCGGGUCCUAAGGUCUGUCCUUACUGGACCAAUGGGAGACGGGGGCCACCGUUUCUACUGCAAUGCCACCAAUGAGCACGGAGACGCCUUCUACCUGCUACUUAUCACAGUGGAGCACUUUGGAAAGUGGGGAAUUGUCCUUGGAGCAAUCGGUGGAGCUGUGCUCAUAUGUCUUCUAUUGGGAGCAUUUUUAUAUUGUAAACGCACUAAAAGGCGCCCCAAACAUGCAGACCUUUCCCUAAAAGAAGUGAAAUGUGCUGGAGAGGAGGAAGUGAAGAUUGACAGUUUGUACUCAAAUAUAAGAGCAUGCCCUCCUGCCCAUGCACUGCCAGAGAGUAUGUACGAGGUGGAAGACGCACCCAGGUAUCAGGAAAUGAAGAGACAACCUUCAUAUGAUGACGAUGUGUACCAAAAUUACUGAGAUCUGCAGGACAGUCACAGCUGUCGGUCAUCUGCUUCCAGAUCAAAAGCGCUUCAGUGUACUCAGCAUUCAUAUUUUACGGUAUUCUCUGAAGUAACCAGUGGACACUCAUUUCAUGCGUUUAUGACCUUAGUUACAAUGGGUGCCAUUUUGGUUUCAGACACCAGAUGGCGCCAAAGGUACAUAAU